AUGGCAGCAGACGACAGAGGUGAUUCCCGUGUAGAGGAUAUUUCGCCUCAAAGAAGGGAAAUUUCCUCGUCGAAGAAAGGAAAAGGCCAGUCCUUGCUGAAUUAUUUGACAGCUGAACUAAGUCGUGGAUAUCUGCUGGAGAGGGAUGAAGCCAAAUAUACAGAAAAACGUGAGCGUGUCUACAGCUUCAUGAAAACACCCAAAGCUCUGGAGAGGUUCUUAUUUUAUGGCUUUCUACAGUGUGUGGAUGCAUUUCUCUUUAUCUUCACUUUCCUACCUCUGAGGAUAUUUCUAGCACUGCUCAGAGUUUUGACACAUCCAUGUGGGAUUUUAAUAUCAGGAUCAAGGAAGAUUUUGGAGCCAGCUCAGAUGUGUGAUGUGUUAAAAGGAAUCGUUCUCAUCGCCUGUUGUUUUAUCCUGAACUAUGUUGACACCUCCAUGAUGUACCAUAUAGUGAGAGGCCAGGCUGUCAUUAAACUCUACAUCUUUUACAACAUGCUAGAGGUAGCAGACAAACUUUUGUCUUCAUUUGGUCAAGAUAUUUUAGACACUUUGUUCUGGACAGCAACAGAACCACGAGCCAGAAAGAGAGAACACUUUGGUGUCAUCCCACAUCUUCUUCUAGCUGUAUUCUAUGUUUUCAUUCAUUCAAUGCUGACUAUGUUUCAAGCUACUGUGUUAAAUGUUGCAUUCAACUCCCACAACAAAUCUCUUCUCACAAUUAUGAUGUCAAACAAUUUUGUAGAAAUCAAAGGCAAUGUGUUCCGGCGUAUGGACAAGAACAACCUAUUCCAGCUGUCCUGUAGUGAUGCCAAAGAGAGGUUCUUCCUCUUCAUUCUACUUUUCCUGGUGUUCAUUCGCAACAUGAAAGAAUUUGAUUGGAGCACAGAGCACCUGUGGGUACUACUGCCAGAUGCUGUAAUUGUCCUGAUGGCUGAAUUCUUCGUGGAUUGGUUUAAACAUGCCUUCGUCACAAAGUUCAAUGAAAUCAGUUCAGAUGUUUACCAUGAUUUCACUGUCAGCUUGGCAUAUGACAUGUCCAUUAGCAGACAGAAAUAUGCAUUCACAGACCACUCUGACCUUGUCUCCAGGCGAAUGACUUUCACCCCAUUACCACUGGCCUGCCUUGUCAUCCACAUUGUCUCCAAAUCCGUGAAAGUCUCCGGGUGGGUGGGAGUGGCCAUCUUUGUUGUAGGCUAUUUCUGCUUGAUCACACUGAAGUUAUUAACAAGCAUCAUAAUCCUGGGAAGGGCUUGUGAACUGAUACGACAACACAAAGCGGCCACAAAGAGCGCUAAAGAGGAACUGGUCAACAGUUCUGUCAUGUCUGACAAGACCACAAUUCCCAGAAGUAAAAGUUUCUCCCAGCCCUCUGGUGUCUCCGCCAUGGACAUUGUCAGCCGUAAAAGUGAGAAUAAAUUCAAUGUGGAGCACCAGCCUUCCAUAAACUCUCAGAUGCUGUUUUCUAACAGUACGGUCAGUAUCGACAGCAUCGCUCUCAACGAGGAGGUCUCAGAGAGGUCUGUGAAGGCAGGCUCUCAGAACAGGUUUGAGGCCACAGACCCAUUUGGCCCCCCAGAUACCCAAGAGGGAGCCAGUUUACCAGCCAAGCUGAACUCUGGUUUUCCUGAUGUCAGCGCUGCUGGAUUUAAAAAAAUCAGUCGGACAGUUUCACUGCCAUCACAGAGUAUCCCCGUUGUUAUCAAAGAGCAGGAAGGAGAGGAUUCGCCGAAGCUUCCAGCAUCAGUGAGGAGUGAAAACGAUUUCUGAAACGUCCAAGUCUGAAACACCUUUAUAGGAUCUACUGUGAAAAUGUUUGAAGACAUGCUUUUGAAGAAUGUGAUUAAUAAACAACUGAACAGGGUGCAAUUGAUAGGGUUUUUUUUUAAAAAAACAGCUCCCAACCCUUAAAACAUUACAUGCAGAAUGCUUCAUCCAGGGAAUAAUUAGUUAUUCUGUGAUAUUGACUGAAACAUAGGAUCAGGUCAAAACUUUUGGCAAACAAAGUGUAAAACACUUGAGUGAGUUCUGGUAUGCUAAUAUUGGGAUAAUGUGUGAAGUUGAAGUUUUAUAGAGAGUAUAAAACCAAUUAACUGUCACAGCACACAUUGACGGAUAGUGUGUGUAUGUGGCCAUGCAGUGUGGAAGCGUGGUAAGGUCCAGUCCUUAGAUGAAACACACACUCAGCUACAUGCACCAUCUACCUAGGAAGCAACUUGAUUAUUGGAAAUUGGCGUGUCUUUUGCAGAGUGUAGUAAGACCAUACAGCAAAGAAUAAGAUGGUUGUGAUUUAGCAUUGAUGUAAGCAGACUUACACACAUGACUAGUGUGCAUUUUCAAAGACCUGUUAACUAAACUUGAAAAAGCAUUUCCAUAAUUUCUGAAAUAGAAGGUUCUGCUUAUAAAAAAUGUAAUCGCCUUUUCAAAACAAAAAAAGAUCCUGUCUUUAGCAUGGUCACUAUCUUGUCUUGUGUGUGUGAAAUGUACAGUUCAAGCCGAAAUAUGUGAUAUCCAUUAAAUUGUAUGUGUAAAUCCAUAACUAGUGUCCUGUUGGUGUACAUUUCUUUUAAGUAAGGCAAAAGUAUGGUGACAGGAGGAUGGCCUGUUAUGCAAUGUGUUGGAUAACAAUCUAGUUCAGUAAAUGCAGUCUGUAACUGUAAAUAUGAGCUUCGAGCUUCAAGCUUCAACCAGCAGUAUGUGGAUGGGUGAAAAUAUCCUGUGACAACCUACAUUAGUAAGAGAUGUAGAUGUAUUUAAAGAUGUGGAAUAUUUUACAACAGAAUUUUUUCAUUGCAAAUAAAUUGCUUCUAAAAACAUGUUUGGAAACGUUAUAAAAAUAGAGCUGCUUAAUAGAUGUUUUGUAAAGCACUGUGCACUGCGGGUACUGUAGUGCUUGUGUGUAAAAUUACAAUAGAAAACACUAACUUAGAAGUAUAAUCAUGUGUUAAAGUGCACACGUUUUUAAAAUGAUAGAAAUGGUCAUGGUGAAGUGAAGUAUAGCAUAUGUGUAUUGCAGUGAAGGUUAUAUGUUCAUGUUGAUGGUUAAGGGCUGUUACAAGCAUAAUGCAGGUAGCUUGGAACAUCCAUACUUGCCACGCUGCUGUGUUAAAUAUAUUAAUGAAAAUCAUGCUGAUUACAACCAAAAUGUACAUACAUGCACGUUGUACUGUUAUUGUUUUUUUGUGUCAUAUUUGUAUGAAUUAAGAUUGAUAAGGGCUUCAAAUUUGUGAAUUGAUAAGCUUAACCAAACAAGCAAAUGUAUUUUUUUCCCUAAAACAUCAAAUUCUGUAGAUUAAAAAGGUGGAGGAAGUGGAGUGAUUUUGUUUCAGAUUUUCUUGAAAAGCCUUGAAAUUUGCCAUUUUUGUUCUGUGUAUGUUUAACAUUUAUUUACAUCAUGAAUUAUGCAAUGUUUCCGAUCAUGUGCAUGAUCUACAUGUAGCCAUUGAUGUACUGGUUUUGAUUAAAGACUUUGGUUAUACAGUACAACUUCAUAUUUCUGUAAAAAAAAAAACCCUUCUAAUCUGAAGCUGCCUAACUGAAGCAUUGAGAUACAAAGGUGAAAUUUCAUGUCUGAAGCAAGAUUUCAGAUCCAAAAAUUCUACACGUUUUGUAACGAGAAAUCCUGUGUAUAUUAAUCUGUCGAAAUGUUGCCUUUGUAUCUCAAAAUGUCCAUGGUUGGAAAAAUCAUGUGUACAGUUACAUGGUAACAUUAUAGUGUGCUGAAGUUUAGACUUGAAAGUAAUACUUUGUGUGUUUGUUGUGUUAAUUUUUGUAACUCUUUGUGGAAGAGGAAAACAUGUGGCCCAUUGAAAAAGCCACACAUACUGUGCAAUAUGGUACUUUUUACAUAAAGCAGAGGUGCCACAGUUCCUUGGGAUCCUUAAAAAGUUCUUGAAAAGGUUUUCAAAAUCCUUCAGGAUGGGAGGUUGAGGGAUUAAGUCCUUGAAAGUACUUGACUUUUCUGGGUUAAACAUCAGACUGCAUGAAAUGCACCAGUAGCUCCCAAAAUAAUAUUCACGAAUCUCUAUUUGAAGAUUUAUCCAUGAACAGAAAGUGCUGGAAAAAAAUAGGACAUAAGGUCCUUAAAAAACACUUUUCUUUCACCAGAUAAAGGCAAGCAUUGUUAAUAGCACUGAGUGGCUGUCAUUGGAGAUUGGGGAUCCCAAUGGCUGGAGUCUGUUGCUUUUUCACUGAAUUGUAUGUACAUAUAUGUAACAAACAGUGUGACGUAAGGCAUUUCAUAUCACAUAGCAACCAAUAAAUUAUUCUGUGCGUCAUUAUGUAUCAUGCAUCAAAAAAAAAGAGGAAAUUUUAGGCUUUUAAAUGGAUAUUUAUUUAUUUAUUUGAUCAGUGUUUUACGCUAUACUCAAGAAUGUUUCCAUUAUACAACGGUGGCUAGCAUUGCGAUGGAAGGAAUCUGGGCAGAGCCCAGGGGAAGCCCACGACCAUCCACAGCUUGCUGGCAGACCUUCCCACGUUCGGCCAGAGAGCUUAAAUGGAUAUUAAGUAUCUGCUUGCGGAUAAGAUAUCUUUGCAUAGUGGGUAUGGCAUUUCAUUUACAUUUGUAAGCUAGUAUACUCUGGGAUUAAGAUGAACUAAUUAGAAAAAGUGUUCUAAAUGCAUUUUCCUUGCAAGAAUAUGAACUUCCAACAUAUCCACAUGGUAGAGCUUGUUACAUGUCACUGACGAAAGGCAAUUUUGGUAGCGAGUAUGACUGAUUUUACAGAGAGCUGAACAUAAAAAACUGGCUGAACAAAAUAGACUACAGUAUACCGGACACUGAAUAAGCACUGUUUUUACCAGUUAGUACAGCACAUUACUGUAAUAGCUGUACAGACAAUAAGAAGGAUGCUAUCGUCUCCUGUUCAGUGCAUGUAGGAACAGAGCAUUUAUUGUAGCCAUGUGAGUGAUCAGUCGAAUGUCUAUACCA